AUGCUCAAUGUCAUUUGGGAUAUGGAUGGCGUCCUGCUGGACAGCGAGCCAAUCUACUUAGAGGUCGAGGACUCCAUCGCUUCUCGAUACGGCAAAGACGUCCGCACAAUUCUUUCAAAGCUACUCGGUCGCACAGCCCCAGCCUGCGCCAAAAUCACAGUUGACGAACUUCAGCUCCCCCUUACCGCAGAGCAAUACCUUGAUGAACGAAACAAAUUGCUGCUUGAAAAGAUGAAGAGUGUCAAAAUUCUCCCUGGUGUGGAAGCCAUCGUCCGGCAUCUCAGAAACAUUGGAGUCCGUUGUGCUAUCGCCACAUCCUCUCCAUUUGAUUUGCUGCAGUCCAAAAAGUACGGCAAAGACGACUUCUUCGCUUUAUUUGAUGCCCUUGUCUGUGGCGAUGAUGUUGUAAAUGGAAAGCCUGACCCAGAGAUUUUCCUGCGAGCCGCUGCUGCCAUUGACGCGGAACCCUCAAACUGCGUCGUAUUCGAAGAUGCACCUGCGGGAUGUCGUGCCGCACGUCUUGCGGGUAUGAAAUGUGUCGCCCUUCCGAACCCCCAUGUUGAUAUCGGGCUUUACAAUGCAGAGGAACCACAGAUAACUGUCCCAACUGCGAAUCUCUUGGAUUUCGAUAUCACAAGUCUCGGGUUUCCCCCCAUGAAGCAGUCGUAG